AUGCAGGAACAAACCUUUGAACUCGAUCCCCAGGGCGACGUACUGCUAGUUCUCCGACGUCCAAACUUGCAACACCUUGACUGGGGUCAAGCUGACGAACAUGCAACCGACGAACAUGGAUAUUCAACUGAUCAAGAUGAGGAAAAAGAGGUUCGAUUUCGACUCUCCUCGAGGCAUUUGAGUCUUGCAUCGCCUGUCUUCAAUACAAUGCUAUCCGGGGGCUGGAAGGAAAGCACCAUCUCCCCUCAGCAGCCUGGUACAACUUCCAACGAAAAAAUCGACAAAAACGACGCAGCUCUACCACUGCGUUAUGAGAUAACAGCAACGGAAUGGGAUGUUAAUGUUUUCAUCCUCCUGAUGAACAUUCUACAUGGCCAUCAUCGUGAGGUGCCGUAUUCCGUCGACAUAGAAACUUUGGCAAGAUUUUCUGUUUUGGUAGACUACUACGAUUGCCACGAAAUAACCGAAUUUUUUGCCAAUAUUUGGAUAGAAUAUCUCCAACUCUCUCUGCCAACAGCAUACGGCAGAGACUCGACUAUCUGGCUCUUUGUGUCGUGGGUAUUUUCAUCCGAAAAUAUAUUUAAGCAGAUGACGAGGCUGGCUAUGACGGAUAGUCAGGGCCCUCUUGAGACCGUGUGCUUGCCACUGCCGCCCGAAUUAUUAACUGCCAUCGAGAAAGAACGAACGGAAUCGGUCCGUAAAAUGAUACAUCUACUCGGCGAGUUACAUGACGAUCUUCUCAAAGGCGACAAAGGAUGCAACUUUUUAUGCUCAUCCCUGCUUCUGGGAGCACUAAUGAAAGGAAUGGACUCGAACAGAAUUGAACGGGACCAAGACCCGGAAUCUUUUACCAAAUACAGUGUAGGGCAGAUCUAUUUGAUACUACUAGGGAUGGAAAGUCCAGUCAACUAUGAUUAUACCCCAGGAGCCUAUGGCUCAUAUGAACCUCAUACUUGCACCCUGAAAAGCAUGCUUAAGCCAAAAGCUGUUACGAUUUGGACAAGCUUGACAGGCCUAUGGGUAGGCGACUACAAAGCUAAAUAG